GGGCGCGAGAGGAUUCUUGGACCUGACCACCCGGGCGCCCUGUCAAGUGUCAACAACCUAGCUAAUGUGCUGAGAGACCAAGGAAAGUACGUCGAAUCAGAGGCAAUGAAUCGGCGUGCACUGGAGGGGCAGGAGAGGAUUCUUGGACCAGACCACCCACACACCAUCACGAGCGCCAACAACCUAGCUAUUCUAUUGCGG